UCUUGCGCAGGCAUGACUAGGUGGCCAUCUUGGUGAUUGCACGGAUAAGUGAAAUAGGUGUGAGAGAUUGAAGUCUCAAACGAUCAUUGUUUUAGGCCAGUACAGCAGGAAUAGCACUGCCCAGUAGAAGGGUCCCGGUUGGCCAUGGCUGGAAAGGAACAAGACAAGCUGACUAGGAUCGCUAUUGUGAACAGUGACAGAUGUAAACCUAAGAAAUGUCGUCAAGAAUGCAAAAAGUCUUGUCCUGUAAACAGAAUGGGCAAAUUAUGUAUUGAAGUAGACCCUACAGUAAAGAUUGCUUUUAUAUCAGAAGAUUUGUGCAUAGGAUGUGGUAUAUGUGCUAAGAAAUGCCCCUUUGAAGCUAUUAACAUUAUCAAUCUGCCUAGUAACUUGAGCAGCCACACCACUCACAGAUAUAGCGCCAAUUCUUUUAAGUUGCACAGACUACCCAUUCCCAGACCUGGGGAGGUGCUUGGGUUGGUAGGAACAAAUGGAAUUGGAAAGUCCACAGCACUCAAAAUUUUAGCUGGAAAACAGAAACCAAAUCUAGGAAGAUUUGCAGACCCUCCAGAUUGGACAGAAAUCUUGGCUCAUUUCCGUGGCUCAGAGCUACAAAAUUACUUCACCAAGAUCCUGGAAGAUGACAUCAAAGCUGUCAUGAAACCACAGUAUGUUGACCAGAUCCCCAAAGCUGUAAAGGGAUCAGUUCAGUUUCUACUUGAUAAGAAAGAUGACCUUGGUGUCCAAGAUACAGUCUGCACAGAACUUGAUCUCCUGAAUGUGAAAGACCGCAAUGUGGAAGACCUGUCUGGUGGGGAGUUGCAGAGGUUUGCCAUUGCCAUGGUGUGCAUACAGAAAGCAGACAUAUUUAUGUUUGAUGAACCCUCAUCCUAUCUGGAUGUCAAGCAGAGGUUAAAAGCUGCCAUAGCGAUAAGAAAUCUGCUUGAGGCCAACAAGUUUAUUAUUGUGGUAGAACACGACCUGUCAGUUCUGGACUACCUGUCUGACUUUAUAUGUUGUCUGUAUGGAGUCCCAGGGGCCUAUGGAGUAGUGACACUACCAUUCAGUGUCAGGGAAGGAAUUAAUGUUUUCUUGGAUGGCUUUGUACCAACGGAAAAUCUCCGUUUCCGAGAAACUUCACUUGUUUUCAAAGUAGCUGAGACAGCCUCUGAGGAAGAAAUAAAAAGAAUGUGUCACUACAGUUAUGGAAGAAUGGUGAAAAACAUGGGUAACUUCCAGUUGACAGUGGAGUCCGGGGAUUUCACAGACUCACAAAUAGUGGUGAUGCUGGGAGAGAACGGAACAGGAAAGACCACUUUCAUCAGGAUGAUGGCAGGGUCUUUGAAACCUGAUGAUGGAGAAAUGCCACCAACAAUGAAUGUAAGUUACAAGCCCCAGAAGAUAAGUCCUAAGUCACAAGGCACAGUGCGCAUGCUGCUACACAAUAAGAUCCGAGAUUCGUACGUUCACCCUCAGUUUAUCACAGAUGUCAUGAAGCCUCUGCAGAUAGAUCAGUUGUUGGACCAGGAAGUUCAAAACUUGUCUGGUGGUGAGUUACAACGAGUGGCUUUGACCUUGUGUUUGGGAAAACCAGCAGACGUUUACUUGAUAGAUGAGCCAUCUGCCUACUUGGAUUCAGAACAACGUCUGCAUGCAGCUAAAGUUAUUAAAAGAUUCAUUCUUCAUGCAAAGAAGACGGCGUUUAUUGUGGAACACGACUUCAUAAUGGCCACAUAUCUAGCUGACAGAGUGGUCAUGUUUGACGGGGAACCCUCCAUUAAAACCAGAGCUAACACCCCACAGUCACUGUUGAAUGGCAUGAACAAGUUCUUGGAAAGCCUGAACAUCACCUUCAGAAGAGAUCCCAAUAACUUCAGACCAAGAAUUAACAAACUCAAUUCUGUCAAGGAUUCGGAACAGAAAAAGACAGGAAACUUCUUUUUCUUAGAGGACUAGAUGGAGGAACUCAGUGGAACCAGCCAGUAGAAGAAACCCAUGUAAUCUAUAAAAGAUGAUAAACAUAAAUUGAUGCAUUUUAUGGGGGCAUUUGUCAACAGUGCCAGGAUCAUUUGGAAAUAUUUAUUGUUUAAAGAGACUGGUUGAAAAAUUAUACAAAUACAGGAUGUUCCAAAAAUGUACUCACUCUUUGCUUGCCCAUAAUUAAAUAUUUUUGUUUUGAUUUAGAUGUUUAUUGGCAUAAGUGCAAGUUCAGUGAUUUUAAUUGAAGAAAUCAACAUCAGAAUAAUAACAUUAAAACAUAGCAGCAUGGAAACUAAAAUAAUCUCAAAAACAAAAAUAAGUUAGAAAUUGGCAUUCAAAGAGUGAGUACAUUUCAGGACACACAAUGUAGUAAGUGAUAUUUGUUUGCCUUGUCUGUGUUGUUUUCAAAUAAUGUAACCUGGUCAGGGCAAGGAAAAUAAAAACUUUGAAUUAAUUUUAUUGACAAUUAUAACAUGGUGUGGACCACUAAAGGGGACCUGCAUCAGAAACAUGUCGACCUCACAAAGCUUAAGUACAAUUAUACCGUUCUGUUUAGUACGUCAUCAUGAAGUCUCAUGGAAGAAGAAAGAUACUGAAUCUUUUUGUUAUUUUCUACCGCUAUAUGCAGUGUUUAUUGAAAAUUACAAAUGAAAAAUUGUAACAAAGAAAGUAACAUCUUGGAA